UUGAACAUUACUUAUAUUAAUUAUACAUAUAAGAGGAAAAAGGACGGCCGAAAUUCCAUACAAAUGGAGAUUCGGCCGUCCUCUUUCCUCUUAACCAGUUACAUAUUAAGCACUUAUUGCGAAUUGUGUGUAGGAAACAAAUUUAUAUUUGUCGAGAGAGGCAUAUAUAACUAGCCCGUACAGUUUAGGUCAGUUCCAUAAGGAUAAAUGCAUUAACCCUUUGACCGCCAAAGACGCCAACUGACGCGCGCGGCUGCAGUUCAAUAUCAACCUUCGUACAUCCCGACAAGGUUCACGAUGACGCGCCGCGCUUGAUACGCGUGUCGUUCAAAGGGUUCAUGCCACCGACCUAUGUUCUUUAUAUAUCUACACACUGUCCCUUACAAAGUAAUAGUUCUAUAGAGUGACAUAUAUUUCUAUUUUUAAUCCGAAUGCGGAUUUACAUGUUAUACUUACAGAAGUUACACAAUGUAUUUUUCACCGAUCAAAAACAUAAUUCAAAUGAGCCUUUAUGAGAAUAUGUCGCCUCUAUUAAAAUAUUUUUAUUUGUUGCAACAGACUUUGAGGGAUUCAUUAGAAUUCAUAAAUGGAAUAGGCAGCGGUUUCGGCAACAAUAAUCCCAGCACAAAAUGGGCGUCGAGGACUAUGGCUAUCCUUCAUGGACGUUUCGGCAUCUUCCUACUCAUCAAUUUAGGGCUCAUUAUUUUUACAAUAUUGGAUUGCUCUCGGUACCGGACAUCAGUCACGUCUUCAGAGAUAGAGCCAACUCGUAACUUGGACACGAGCCCGGAGGCGAGCAGUAAGGCUGAGGAAGGCAGCGACGAGCGCACUUCGAGCGAGCCCAGCGAACCGAUGCCGAAAAUCCCGCGCCCUGGCCUCAGUCAGUCUUUCCGGUCUAUGAAGGACAUGCUAUUCGGUAGAUCGGUUUCAAUGAAUUCUUUAGACAACAGGAACAAAAACCGUGUGAACUUCAUGGCUGAGGAGUCUACGUCCAAUCCGAUCCAUCCCCCGCACAGCUUCGAGAACCUCAUCGCGGAGCAGCAGCGGCGCCUGCGCGGGGCCACGGUCGACACCGCCGGCCGUCGCGGUUCUAUGCAAGCUGCGCGCAGUCUUCCGCACCUGAGUACCACCAAUGUACAAGAAACGUCCCGCGGCGGGCGCAGCAUAGCCGGGCAACUGCCGGGCCAGAUGCCGUGGGCGUAUAUCGCAGGAGCCCCGGCCAACCGCAUGAGAGACCAGCUGCCUCCGGACGAGGACCUCCCCCCUGUCCCACUCCCGGACUACACUGCGUUGCAAUCUCACAGGAAAGCAUCCGUGCAUCGAGCAGCAUCGAGUCUAAGUUCAUUGACACAAAAGAAGGACUACACUAACUCCAAAUCCUCUCAUCCGGGGUCAGCACAAGUUGAUGUGUUGUACUAGAGAGGAAAGCAGCAACCCGAAUCGAAUAUUGAAGAAGAAAUACAGUAUUAAGGCAAUCUUCAACCAUCGCCUGAUUUCUCGAUCUACGUCCAUACUUAUAUUACAUGGGCCCUCUUUCUCAGAACUAUUUUCUUGAAGCUACACUGGUAUUAUUAGUUUGCGAAUAUUCAAGAAUGAGUGGGUUUUGAAGCGGUACCUAGAAGGACUAUAAGCAUUCAGAAAAAAGAGAAAAUAGAACAAACUAUCGCUGUGGAAUGUAAGAUUCUAAAUCUUUUAAACACGGUUUAACCGCCUUAAAAUCCGCCUACCUAACAUUACCGUUUACCGAUGAAUAUAUUUUUCAAUGUGGCAAUGUAAAAAGUAAAAGUCUAAUUGCACAAAACUUAUGUGUUAAUACCUAAAAAUUAAAUUCAGGUAGCUGUGAGUUUAAGAUAUGGCUCUAAGGGCCACCCCACACUGGCGUCUUUUGAGCGUCGGCGUCUAGUCAGCGCUAUGGGAACUGGCGUUACUGCGCAGUUGCGCCAAGCAGCGGCCAUAGAGUUGACCAGACACCGGCGCUCGGGAGAUCCUAGUGUGGGGUGGCUCUUAGACCUUUUUUAACAGCAGUCGUCUCGUAUAAAUUCAUUAUAUUCCUUGGACUAAAUUUGCUUAUCAAUAAUAAGCGACAUUUAGGAAAUGCAAGGCACUGUUAACUUAAUGCACAAUUUUGCAAUUACGUUUAACGAUCUCAUUAGGCGUGAGAUAGUAUUAAACGUUACUGCAUGCAGUUCGGCCAUGUACAGAUUUAGGUUCCAAUUUGUUAUUCUGUUCCCGAAAGUACUUAAAUAAAUAUAUUGAAAUGGGUGGAAGGAGG